AAACAGCGAGCGCGAGAUACGAUUCAAAGAACGUAGCCUGGCCUACAGUAUAUAGUACACGUCAUGCAUGGUACGGACGGCCGGAUCGAGGACGGUAAACAACGAGUCGUGAGCGAAGGCGACGUUUGUACUUUGUGGAAGGCACUUUUGCGUGGAAAUCAUCUUUUGUGAAAGAUCGUUUAGCUUUAAGCGUGCCCCAGAGGAUCUCGCUACAGUGACAGAUCGACAGCAAACUCCGUGAUGCAACGCGAGGGAGCCCCGCGAUUGGUCCGUCCCAAAUUUCGUCUUCCUGUUGACUCUGCACCCAGACUGGGUGCGCGUUAGUGAACGCCGUUCUGCUGUGCAGUAUGUUGGGCUCGCUCAGACAAGCGUCGGGGAUUUGUACACCCAGCACAAGCGGAAAACAGGGUGGGAUCUUAAUUUUCAUCAUCGACAACCGCCAUCUUGGAAAAGUCCACAGUUGCAGAGCUUUGUGUGCUGUUGAUUGGGCACCUACACCCAGACAUACUGGUUCGAGUACAAUGGUAUAGUAAAAUCCUGGAGAAGAAAAUGACAUCAACUUGGGUGUUCCCAUUGAUUUGAUGCCGAAUGCCAAGGCCAGCCCCCCCCCCCCCAAAAAAAAUUGGCUUAACGUAAACCAGUGCCCGAGGCAAAACAAAUCGUGUCAAUGGAACUUGAUGUUCUGGCAAUGACGAAGUGGAGGAGUUGUGUUUGAUAAACAACUGGCAGAGAGAUCGGCUAGGCUAGGCAGUCGAGACGGAAGGAUCCGAGAGAAUGAGAUAUCUGCGCUACAAGCUGAGCCGUCUCUGUCGCUCGCGGCUCGCCAACUUUCUCCUCUCGGCUCUAGGACUCGCGAGUUUCUCGCUCUACCUCAUCUACCAGUCGGACAGCAUGAUGCUGAUCCAAUCCGGCGACAAAUCGGACAGAACUCUGGAGAGAACUUUGAAAGUGGAUUGGAUACUUGGUGACAGUGGGGCCGGCGGUCUCAUCAUCCCAGGCGCUGGACAGCCGAAGAUGGACCGAUUGAAUUUGGAAGAUGGUACGGUGAAAAAGAGAAAAUCACAGAAAGACGAGAAGAUUGCAAUUGAGGAUAGUGCCAUUUAUAAACAUUUGCAGCAGCUGGAAUCAAUGCUUCUGGAACAAGCCAAAACAUUGAAGGCGAGAUCGGUGGAGGUCAGGGGUCAGGCGGAGGUGAUCGACCGUGAUCUGCCGCUCUAUGAGAAGGCUUUUACCAAACAGGGUUUUAUUGUCAGGCGGCCCACCAAUGACAUUGAUGCUGACUUUGUCAGUAAUAGCACCAUUGAUGCAAAGGACAAUGGCCUGGUGUCCUCCACCGACUGGAUGAUUCUCCUCUGCCUUGCCUUCACGGACGGAGACUCUGAAGAGUGUCUGGACCGAAGCUCCUUUACAAAAUUACACAGCGGCCAAAAGAUCAACAGAAUCCCAGGAAUCCGGAACGUUUUAUGGAAGAAGGAUGGCUUUUGUUACACCAUGAACCAGGCAAAGAGAAUUCCAGCUUUAAAGAAAACCUACCUCUCGCCGAUGUGCUGGGUCAUGCCCAGUCAGUAUGACCAGUUCCUGGGCGUGGCCGAUGGGUUAGGCGACGACGUACGGUGGGUCUUCAAAUCCACUAGCCCCGGGGGGAACAUACAGGUGCUACAACCCACCAAAGAAAGAGACUAUGCAAGACUUAAAGAAUUUCGUUUUAAGAAGGCAGUUGCCCAGCAGUAUUUCCCCAACCCCCUACUAGUCUUCGGCAUGCCGGUCAACAUCAGGGCCUACGUGCUCAUCACUUCUAUCAAUCCACUCAGGGCGUUUAUUCAUUCAGAAGGGCUGGUUCACUUCAGGCACGACUACCAGCGAGCAUUUAAAAAGAUUCCCAACAGGACUUGGUACCUUGCCCAGUUCAAGCAUUAUCUGAAAUACAACUUUGGCAGUGACGCCGCUAAGAUAGUCUUCCAGAACCUAGCCACAGUCAUCGUUGAGACAUUGCUGGUCGCCGAGUCAUCACUGGUGGCACACUUUGGUCGCUUCUCGGCACAUCCCUGGGAUGAACAUUACAGGUGCAAGAACUGUUUUCAGCUUUUAGGGUUUGACAUCAUCUUCAAUUCCACGCUCCAUCCAAUGGUGGUUGAGGUUAAUGGACAGCCCCAUCUGCAAGCUAACAGUGACACAACUGGCUGGGCAAGCAAGACCAUUAAACAGAACGCAGUUGAUGACGCCAUCGCCAUUCUCUUGUCUGAGACAAAGGUUGCGAAGGAUGUCGCCCUUGCACUGGAACAUUUACAUCUAAAUGUUGGAAUAUUGGGUGUGAACUGUCACUCCUACAACCAGAUGUGUCUAACCCAGGAGGACUUGGAAUACCUCCUGGCGACCAGGCGAGAGACAGUCAACAGAGGCAGCUACCAACAGCUGUACCCCUCCUCAACCAGCCUCAAGUACAACAGCCUCCUGCGAGACAUCCAGCAUUUCCUGACCUCCCAACUCCAGCUGGACGACAUUCCCCCUUACAACCGCCAGGGGGCGCUGCUGACCUCCCCGACCCUGCGGCACGGCACGUCGGACCUCCAGCACGUGCUGGCCAACCUGGAGCAGUAUUACUGGAGCGUGGACGGAAAACGACAAGCUGAGAGCCCCGUCUCGGAAGAUGCAAGCGUGCAGGAGAAUUUUGGCAACAUCACGAGUCAUCGCUUGGGAGGACGCAAUGACGUCUUGAUCAGUAACGUGUUUGAGAUCGACCCGAUGUACAGGGAUCCGCGAUACCACAGACCGCGGUGUAGUGAUGAUCCCCUGGUUCUGUCAGAACUCUUAGAUUUUCGGACUGACCCAGCAAUCCUCCUGACCCCGACCUUUGACCCAAAGGUCACCGAGUACCAGGCUGUGGUUCCGCACGAGGUCGCCCUGAUCAAAGUGUGGGGAUUCGCUAGAAGCUGCGACAGUGAAGCUAGGCUGGAGGAUAGAUACGGUGUAUCGAGACCCUCCAACUACACCCUGGGUGUGGGAGAGAAUCGCAUCAGCAUGCUAGUGGUCGACAUCACCCACUCAGAACCCUGGGUCGUUAACACCUACUCAGUGAUUGUGCAUCGCAAGAGCAUCACGGACGGCGAGGCAGAUUUUGACGAAUCCAAGACGCAUCAAGUCUGCAGCUUAGUACAGGAGUGCAAUCUACAGUUUCUUCAGGGAUCUUCCUGCGGCCUGAAUUUAGUCCCGGACCUGACCUGGAAGGACUACAUCAAAUCCAAGUCACGUCUGCCGCUGUGUCCCAGCGGUGACAUCCAAGGGGAGUGGCUGGUACCCUGCCAUCGCUGCAUGGACAGGAGUAGCUGCUAUUGGAGGCAAUCUCAAUGGCAGCCCAAGGGAUGCCGGUAUCUGGCUAUCGGACAAGAGGAGUUACAGAAGUGUCUUGCAGGCAAAACGCUUCUUUUCAUCGGAGACUCCACAAACCGCGGCAUCAUGUACUACCUCAUGGAGAAACUCAACGGCACGCUCACCGAAUGGGACAAGACCCACAACAUCAAAGUCUACCACAACCUGAACGCCAAUCGGACCACCGUCAGCUUUGCCUACUACCCGCAGUUCUGGCUGGCGGCCAGCGAGAGGCCGGUGUUCGACAAGGCCCUGUACCAGCUCGUCAGGCACUCACGGCCGUUGGAGAACAGCAAUAACACGGUGCUGGUGGUUGGGGGUGUGCACUGGCUGGCUACUCAUCAUUUAAAGGUGUUACAGAAGGCACUAGAAAGGGAGGGGUUGAGUAAGAUUCGCAAGAUGAUGAAGAGUCUAGGAGCUGGUUUCCACCAGCCAGUGGACGGAAUUCACUGUCUUUCAUUGCAAGAGCAGCGCAAGAUAUUCUACCACAACCGAGGCAUCCUGGACUAUGCCAAAGACCUGAGCUUUGAUGUCCUGGACACAUUCAACAUGACCAUGGCUAGAUAUCGAGAGUUUCUAUUGGGCAAAUGUGCUUGCCAUUUUCACAGGGUAAAUGAAGUCAUUCCAAAAAUCAGUGCAACUUCCAGUACCAUCCAGACACUGUGGCAUUACCUCCGCCCUUCACCGGACGAUGUCAAGACCAAUAUAGAGGACAAACAACAGAGGGCGCUGUACCAUGUGACUGGUGAAAUCAACGCAGUCUACUCUGAAAUCUUGAUCAGUAGGAUAUGCGGUGCUUGAGGCUACAGUUUGAAGUAGUCGAAACGUUAAAACUUUCAAGACUUAACCCAGGGAUAACUUUACUUAGAAUAUUUAUCUGCCAGGCUUAAGAUCAUGAUAAAAUGUUAAAGUGAAGCAUUGGUGUCGCGAGGGGGGACAAGGAGGGGGAGGGGGGUGCUCGCUCCCCCCACCU